AUGCUGCUUCGUCUGCUGCUGAUGAUCAGCCUCCUGGGCCCCGCCACCGCCAGCCCCAUCACUGCCAGCCCCCUGGAAUGUUCCCAGGGCUCCCCUGAGGGAUGCCAGCACCUGCAGGGACCCCCAACACCUGCCGAGGGUGAGAUUCCUUCCCUGAAGCUGGCAGAGCCUAAGUUCAACUCCCUCAGUGAAACCCCGUCUCACCUGAGCUGCGAUGUGUGCAGGGCUGUGGUCUACGAGGCGCAUGGGGGGCUCAGAGGCGGGGGCACCAAGGAGGACGUCAGAAGUGCCCUGGGGCACGCAUGUCUAGGCCUGCCUCUGCACCUGCAGCCCGAAUGCACCUCCAUGGUGGACGGCCUCGCACCCCUCGUGACCAGGGACACCCUGCAGACGGCGUGCGACACACUGGGGGUGUGCCCGGCCCAGAGGGAGCUGCGGGUGCUCAGUUCCAGACACCACAGCAUGCCCACCACCCUACUGGAUGAGGAGAACCAGGGCAGCUUCUGCAACAGCUGCAAGAAACUGCUGGACAUGUCCGCCAACAACCUGGAGAGCAGAAGCACCAAGAGGGAUAUCCUGCUGGCCUUCAAGGGCGGUUGCAGCAUCCUGCCCUUAACCUACCAUCUGCAGUGCAAUCACUUCGUCACGCAGUACGAACCUGUGCUCAUCGAAAGUCUCAAGACCAUGAUGGAACCCACCGCCAUCUGCAAGAAGGUGGGCGCCUGCCACGGUCCCCGGAACAGUGACCAGUGCGUGGAUGGCCCCAGCUACUGGUGCAAGAGCCUGGAGACUGCCAAGCUGUGCUCAGCCUUGGAGCACUGCCGGCAGCACGUGUGGAACGGGGAGCAGGCGUGA